GGACUCCCCUCCCUCCCUCUUCAGUGUAGCGCAGGCAGAGCUGGGAGACGCAUCGAGACAGACACGUCUUGCUGCUGCUCCGCUCCGCCCCCGGCCCAGCCGUCCCGCGCCGUGGUGCCGUGCCCGCGACCAGACAAAGGAGUACUCGCUCUCUCUCUCUCGCUCCGCCCACCCCCCGCCGCACCGCGUGCGUCGAGCCGCCAACCCCCUGCGCCGGGCAGGGGUGAGUCUGUGAGAGUGAGUGUCUCGCCAUCCAGCAUCGCACGGCCAUCGACACCAUGGAUCAGGACAUCGAGAUCAACCUCGCGGCCCAGUGCCUCCUGGCCAUGUCCAACGGCAACUCGUGGGCCCGGACCAAGCCGUCCUCGCCCCUGGACCUGUCCUCGCACCAGCAGAUGGAGCUGCAGAAGCAGCAGCAGCAACAACUCAAGCAGACGCAGCCGCAGACGCAGCAGCAGGUGGAUGCCGCCGGGGCCAACCGCGGCGACACCCUCUACAUGGUGGCGCGCAUCCUCACGGACCUGACGCGCAUCAAGCAGGAGCCUGUGCCCCAGGACCCCGACUCCGACCGGAGCGAGGACUGCGACCAGCUCGUCAUCGACGAGAGGAUGGACGACCAGGAUGACGACCAGGACCCGGAUCAGGACCAGGGCGCUAACGGCCUCAAGUCCCACAAGUGCGCCGCCCCCGGCUGCGGUAAGGAGUACGGCAAGAGCUCCCACCUCAAGGCACACCUGCGCACCCACACAGGUGAGCCAAAGACUGGUUGCCCGAUCCGACGUCCAGCGGUCGCGAAGAAGGUGGCAGGUGAACGGCCGUUUGGAUGCAGUUGGGCCGGCUGUGGAAAGAGAUUUGCACGUUCCGACGAGCUCGCCAGACACACUCGAACUCACACUGGGGAGAAGAACUUUGCGUGCCCAGUCUGCGACAAAAAGUUCAUGAGGAGUGACCACUUAAGUAAACACGCCAGGCGGCACCCCAACUUCGACCCCUCGGUCCUGAGACAGCGUCGGGCGCCCACCAAAGCGUCGUCUGUCAACUCGAGCGAGGGGACGCUGUCCCUGUCGGAGGGAUCGUCCGAGUCGGCGCCCUCGCCCUAAAGACCUGGAGCACCUGAACCCGGGGGGCUUAAGGACCUGGGGCCUAACAGUGGCGUCCUGCCUGCCUCACCUGAGAAGACUUCACCUGGAAGGAGGCGGGGCGCGGGGACAGCGCUAAAUAAAGCGGGCCAAAUGCAUUAGCAGGCCAGAGCCUGGGGACUGCUAUCACUUAGAAACAGCCGUGUUGUUUCUUUGGUACAUUUUGAGUGGGAUGGAGAGCUUGAUUGGUAGCGGUAACCAUGUUCUGACAGCGCAUCAAAUAUAUGAUAUGUUGUAAUUUGCUGUCGUUCAAAGGUUACCAGUAAAAUGUGUUGUUUUUUCACUUAGACUGUCAUGUCAGUGGCACAGUUUUCAUUUGAGUAGGAUGCAUAGUGCUCUGUAUAAAAUACCUUCUCAUAUACGUUGUUUUAUUUUCCUCAAUAGUAUUGUACUGUGCACAUUGUUUCUUUUAAACCAACCCUACUCAAAGGAGUCUAAGUAUAUAUUUUGUUAUGAUUUGAUGCUUCACUUGAAAAUUGUAACAAAGUUGUUGCAGAAUUAAUUUAAUCCGCCACAUUCAUGUCACUGAAGUGAGAUUUGUAAAAAUUGAUUUGUAUUUUAGUUUGACAUGACAUUCAUAUGUGUUGAUUUUAGUUUACUGACAACUAUUUUUGUAGUUUCUCAAUUAAGAUGUGUCAUAUUAAGCUUAUUCUACUGGUUUGUAAAGCUGUUUGGGCACAGGUGGCUUUUUCUUGAAGAUUGAUAAUCAGUUGUAUGUAAAGUGAUUCCUAUAGAACUUCUGUACUGAUUGUUUUACUUGGUCUCGUUGACAUAGCAUUCAUUGAUUGAUACUUCCAAGAAAGGAAGUACUCUUCUGAAUGUACACAGUUUAAACUGUGCACAGAUACCAUUUUAAAACACACAGCCCUGUUCUAAAAUUUCAUUUUUUUAGCUGAGCCGUUAUUGGAGCCAUAAAAAUGUUGUGGUUGUAAUAAGGGAUUGGUACUUUUCAGCUCUGUAUUAGAAAUACCCUUGUAGUUCUUUUUAAAGUCUUCUUGGAACUGAUGAUUUGGAUUUAUAUGCUCCACUUCGUGUUUCUCCAAACAAUCAUUCUUAAUACGAUAAUUUAUAUUAAGCUAAUAAUACUUAAUGUAUGAUCUUGCCAGUAGUUAUACAUUUUUUGUACAGUUCUAUAUUUGAUUAAUAUCAAAUAAACUUGUGUAGGAUCAUGUUAAAUGUAGUCAGUCAUAAACUCAUAAAUGUAAUACUUGGCUGUGCAGACUUUCUUUGUGAUUGUAAGUAGAUGGAAUACAGACACACCAGAUUGAAUAUCACUUCUCAUAUGCAUUGUCCUCAAUAAAUAUCUAGGUACAUGUAAAGUACAAUAUCGUCCAGUACGGCUGUGCUUACUUCAUUAAGCUACACUCAAGGCCUUGAGCAUUAACUACACAAGGUCUGUGACAUAGGUUAAAGUAGAUUACUUUUCAGUCUGAAAGAAAUUCUUCAGUCAUUUCUUCUCCUGUUGAGCAUGUCUUGAUAUCUAUCUCAUGUACUACUUUCUGGGGCUUACUAUUUUUACUUUUGUGAAUUCUACUCUCCUCAGAGUAGUGUUUUUUAUGUCCACUAACAUUUCAAAAAUUGCAAUGUAUUUGUGUGAACUUAUAUUACUGAUAGUUUUUCCCUGCAAGUGCUAUUCAGUGCUUUUCAUCUGUAAAUUUCUGUGUCAUUUAUUGAAUUUGAAGGAGAGAUGGAACAGUCUCCUGCCAAGAGUGCUAAAAAAGAUGAACACUUCUUCUUUUCACCUUGCCACCACAGCAGCUGUUGCUUUAUCUCCCUUGUAGUACCUUCAAACUAUCCUAUACUAGCAACUGGUCAGUUUCUUUUUAAAUGGAUUUGCAUUGAUGGUUGGGCUUGUUAAUUUUCUGGAGAAAGGUGAGAGUGAAUCAUUGUGAAAAUUGACUGGUUUAGUAGAUUUUCAUCUUUAGCCUUGUCUCGUGUGCUUAAACCUUGAAUUUGCUACAAUUCUAACUUAAAAUGAAGACCCAUCUAUGAUGCUGUUUAAUGUUGUUUUCAAUCAUUAAGACAAUUUGCUACAUACUUGGUUGGUGUCGACUGCUAUGGUCAUUUUUGUAGAGUUUUGCUCUUCAUUAGGUCUUGGAAAUAAAUUGCAGUAUUCAGUUUCCUUUCACUCCAUUUUUUUUUCGAUUAACUCAAAUUUAUUAAAGUGUGUGCUGGGUUUUACUGUAUAUGAAGUCUGUAACUGUGCUUUCUGUCAGGUCAUUUGAUGAAAUGACCGAACACUGAAGAAGGGUCUAUUUCAAAACAGCUGGAGACAUUUGGGUUUCAGAAGUCUUACAUGAGAGGCAUUUUUAUUAUAUCUGGUGUCAAUCAAUGUCGUAUCCAUACUUUGACAACAUUUUACUAACAGUUAGAUUGGUAACUUUCAUAUCUGUGAUAGCUACUACUACUCUAGGAAUCAGUUACCAAAAAAAAAUAUGAAAAAAAAAUCUGUUAAAAUUUUUAUGUGUUACCAGGCAAUCGUUAAAAAAUUUGUUGGUUAUUUUGAGAGUACAGUUUUUGGGGGGUAUUAAUUAGUAUUCUUUUGUGGCUUUGCACAAAAAUUAUCCUUCUGAAGUAACUUAAACAAUCAUUUGUUUGUAAGAGAAUUGUAGUCUCAAUGAAUUAAUCUCUUGAUAAGUCACUUACCUUUCAAAUGUACUCUCAUUCGUCGUUCAUUACAGAUGGGUCUUUUUAAUUGAAUUAAUUGCUGUACUUAAUUAAAUGUGCAUGUUUAUUCACAUAGUUUAGAGUGUCAUCCUCACUCUUAUUGUUGCCUUCUUUUGUAUAAAUCUACUCUAUAAAAUAUACUUUUGUACAAAUUUUUACAUCACUGCCUUCUUACUCUAAUCUGUUAAGUCUUCAGACGUAGUUUUGUAGAUGUAUGAAGUUUUAAUAAAUAAUAGAAUCAAAACUCCACUGUUCUCUUCGAACGCAAGUAUUUUACCUGUCUUAUCUAUCGACACACUUCCAGUAGAAAUAUGUUUAGUUUCUUUUUACAGAGAAAAGAAUUUUAUUUUAUCUUGUUUGAAGAUCACUGAAUACAAUUGCCAACUAAUGAUUGUCUGCUAUAAUUGGUAAAAAAAAUUGUGAGGCAAACAGUGAAAUUCUCUUCGUAUCUGUCUGGGACAUUGAGCAAAUCAUUAAAACCAUUUUAUGAAUCAAAUUUAGGAUAAAACCAGGGAAGGCUGUGUUAUUGCAAUUUGAUGUGCCUUUAGUUUCUGUAGAAGAACAGAAUUGAUGUAAGGAUGCAGUGUAGUUCUGUCGAUUAGUUUCUUGUAACCAGUGUCUACUUAGCACUGAUUGUAAUCAAGAUGUUUGUAUCUAUAAACAAAAAAGAAAAAAAGGUGAAAAAAAUAAAUAAAUAUAAAGAAAAACUCAGUUUAAAAGCCAUA